UUUCCAGAUCACUCUUCUAUCUCCUGCGGUGGUACUUAUACUCUCACUCCGAGUCCAACUCGAGGCAAAUACUAUAAACAGAAUAACGUCUUCUCUGUUGUUGUCCCUAAUCUACAUACAACCGCCUCCUCCGUCGUUAAACCCAAUCAUCUCAUUCAAGACCCCUCACUAUGACCCAGGAUCAUAGUCCUACCAAACUAGGAUCGAAGAAUGGCCGCGUCCAGUACAUGGAAACCAUAGACGCAUACGAUAAAUGGGCUACAGUCUACGACAAAGACAACAAUUUCUUGCAAGCCCUCGACAGCCUGGAAAUGCAGACUUUACUCCCAUAUUUCCUCGACCUCCUUCCCCUCCCCACUUCAUCUUUUCCCGAUCACCCCAAAGUGAUUGACCUCGGCUGCGGCACCGCCCGAAACACCCUUCUUCUUGCCCAGCUAGCGUCCCCCGGGACGGAGAUCAUCGGGCUGGAUGCGUCGUCGGGGAUGUUAGCGGUCGCGCGGGAAGCGAUUCAGGGGAUCCCGCGGGUGUCGUUGGGGAUGUUUGAUCUGCUGCAGGAGCCGAUGACUGUGCCGGGGGAGAGUGUUGGGGCGGCGGGGGUGAUUUCGACGUUGGUGCUGGAACAUGUGCCGCUGAGGAGGUUUUUUGAGGCCGUGUGGGAGAUGCUGAGGCCGGGUGGGUGUUUGUUGGUUACAAAUAUGCAUGAGGAUAUGGGACAGAUCAGUCAGGCGGGGUUUGUGGAUGUGAAGACUGGGGUGAAGAUUCGGCCGGUGAGUUAUAGGCAUAGCAUUGGGGAGGUGGUGAGGGUUGCGGAGGAGGUUGGGCUGAGGGUUGAGGGGGAGGUGAGGGAGAGGAUGGUGGAUGAGGGUUUGGCGGAGGUAUUGGGGGUUAGGGCGAAGAAGUGGAUUGGUGUAGUGGUGUGGUUUGGGGUUUGCUUUAGAAAGGGAGAUGAGUGAGUAUUGAGGGUGAGUGAACGGUAUUGCUGGUGGAAGCCAGUUCCGAUCUAGAUGAUGGUGGAUUAACACAUGUUGUUAUUGUACAGGACUGAGAUGUUUCUUAUGGUUCCAUCCGUCUAGAAAAAUUUCAGUAGUCUCUCGC